UCCUGUCAGACGGAAGACAUGAAUUCUCCUCCCUCUUCCGGCUCGUUCUCUUUCCAGCCUUCCAUGCCACGAUGACUAAGAAGAGAAGGAACAACGGUCGUGCCAAGAAGGGCCGUGGACAUGUCCAGCCCAUCCGCUGCACCAACUGUGCCCGGUGUGUACCCAAGGACAAGGCCAUCAAGAAGUUUGUCAUCAGGAACAUUGUUGAGGCUGCUGCCGUGAGGGACAUCACAGAGGCCAGUGUGUUCGACGCCUACGUGCUUCCCAAGCUGUAUGUGAAGCUCCACUACUGUGUGAGCUGUGCCAUCCACAGCAAGGUGGUGAGGAAUCGCUCCACCGAGGCCAGGAAGGACCGCACACCACCACCCCGCUUCAGGCCCAGUGGUGGUGCCCCAAGACCACCUCCAAAGCCCAUGGGUUAAUGUCAUGGACCAUCCUAGGGAUCACUAUCAUUUUUAUGUAAACAAAUAAAAGUGAUUUAACUGUA